AUGGAUGGAUCACCAAGCGUCUUGCCCAAGGCGCUGCCAACACCGCCGCCGCAGACUCGAUCGGCAUCGAGCUCUCAAACAAGAUUCAGCUCAAUGACACCCGCUGAAGGCCCUUCGUCAGCAUCCAUCUCAUCCACGAAGCACAUUGUCAUCACGCAAACUGCGGAUCAGUUUUGCUGCGAAACUAUUGAGCGAUUCCAGGCAUUCGCUACCCAAGAGUCCACUGCGGCCACCGAUGCCGAGCGAGUUCGCAUGUUUGCCGACUUCAUCGUGAACGAGUCCAGGAUCAGGCGAGAAAGAUAUUCCUCUGCCAUCGGGGCCAUGGGCUCGGAGAUCUUUGAUCUGACGAGGGACCUCUUCCGCCCCAUGGUCACACGGCGUGAGUCGGCAACUUCACAGGCUGAGUGGACACCCCAGUCAUCUGAACCUACGCGAUCCCAUCGUGGGUCGAUGAAUUCGGUCUAUCGCGAGACGCCCGGGGAAUCGAGUUCCGCUCCAACGUCAGCCAACGUUCCGGGCUCGCCCAUUGUGCCAUCGGCAAACAACCCAAACUACUCUUCCAACUACAUGCCGUCGCUUUCUCCGAUAUUGAGUCUUAGCGUGAGUGACAAUCACGACGAUGGGGACUCCCGGGGCCGGCCUGCCAGUAGAUGGUGGGAGGCAGACUCUUCAGGGGCAGGCGGGAAAUUUGUCGAGAGGUCCAAGAGAGAGUCCAAGUACAUGGGCGUUCCAAAGGAAGCUCACGAAGCCUUGCAAUGGGAGGACAGUCCGCAAGCGGGCCCCAGUAACCCGAGAUCUUCGGGCGAGUAUCCUCCCGAAAAGACGGGCUGGCAUGAGAUGGAGCCCGUGGUUACGCCACAACCACUCCGGUACUCAUCAGAAUCCCUUGGGUCUUCAGCUUCGCCCACGACGCCGAACCCAGCCCAUCUGGACGUCUCUCGACUCGUCACUCUUCCACCGCCGUAUCCUCGUCAUCAUCCAGCUGUUAACAAUAACCAUCCAGAAUUGACCGAGACUAGAGUAGCCGUUCGCCAGAUCAGCGACCUCUCCCAGAUUGAAACUACAAAAGAAAGAUUCCAAGUCACCAGCACGAAGAAGCGCGAGGAAGCCGCAAAGGCGUCCAUUGAGAGGCGAAAUGCUUUGCGCUCCAAUUUACAGCAGGAAAUCAACGCCGGCAACAUUUCGUUUGCCGAUGCAUCGACCAUCGAAGAUGAUUCGGUGGCAGCCGAAAAGGAGAAACAGAAGGAGCUGGGCAAGACAGAGUUUGAGCAGUUCCAAAGCCAGGUCGUCAUGCCCCUAAACGACCUCAUCACCGGCCGCAUCGUCCAGGCCACAACCCUCUUCGACAAGCUGGCGGGAGGGCUCUUUGACGACGUAGCCAGCGCCGCCGACAUGCCCCAGGAAGAAGGCGACGACAAGCCCGAGCUCCUAGAGAAGCUGACGCUCCUCAAAUGGAUCUUUGAGGCGCGGGAGAUGCUGCACCGCGCCAUCUUUGACGUCCUCACGGACCGCAACAACCGCUACCGUGACGUCGUCCUCACGCCCUACCGCCUGGCCGGAAACGAGGAGAAGCUCCAAAACGCCGUCGCCUUUUUCGCCGAGGAUGCCGCGAAGCGGCAGCUGGCUUUCGCGCACGAGGUCUUUGCGCGCACGCAAGAGUUCCAGGCCGUCAUGGAGCGCAAUGUCAUGCGCGGCGUCGAGGUGCAGCUCUCGGCAUUCUGGGACAUUGCGCCGCCGCUGUGCCGGCUGCUCGAUAAGAUCACGCCCGCCGACCCGGAGGCUCUGCACAUCCAGAUCCCGUCGGCUGAGUACGACGAGAACCCGUCGUACCGCCGGCACCCGUUGCAGUACCUCUUCAGCCUGCUCUUGCACACGGAGAAGAGCACGUACCAGUUCAUCGAGUCGCAGACGAACCUCUUGUGCCUGCUGCACGAGGUCAAGGAGGCCGUCACGCACGCAAAGGCCAAGGUUGUGCAGAACGAGAUGGACGAUGGGCGGGGUAGAGAGUUUACCGCCGAGGAGCGCGAUGCGCGCGCGCAGCGUCUCCGCGACGAGGAGGGACGUAUGUUGACGGACGACUUGAAGGAAAAGGUCCGCGUCGUGCAGGACCAGUGGACGAGUGCGCUGGGCGAGAACAUCAAGAAUGUGAAGCAGAUGCUGGGGGAGUAUCUGCUCGAGACAGGAGGGUGGGACGAGGCUUUGGAGGAGGGUGGUGUCGGCAGCGUCUAA